AUGGCAACACCCAAGGGGGUGAGGAGGAGCCUCGUAUUGAGGACCCUGGAGCGGUGCAAGUCGGCGACAGGCCGGAGCGGCGGCGCAGCGUCGUCGUCUGUGGCUGGGUGCUUCUCGGUGUACGUCGGGCCGGAGCGUGAGCGGUUCGUGGUGCGCACGGACUGUGCCAACCACCCGCUGUUCCGGCGGCUCCUCGACGACGCCGAGCGCGAGUACGGGUACGCGUCGCAGGGCCCGCUCGCGCUGCCGUGCGACGUCGGCACGUUCCUCGACAUCCUGUGGCAGAUGGACCACGGACACCACCACCACCACCACCACGACGGCAGUGCCGGCGGGGACGAGAUCCCAAAGGCGGCGUCGCCCAUAUGCGGCUUGCUGCUGGCUAGCCGCGGCAAGUGCCGGGCCGCUGGGUACCGCCGGAUGCUCAGCCGGGCGAAGACGUCGUUGGCCACUGGGAGCAGCUUCUCCCACGGUUCACACUUGGCAGAAGGAAAUUAA